UGGCAACACAGAUCACAUGUUAAAGAAUAAAGAUUUGGAUUAAUGGAUUUCUUUGAAAACUUCCACUCCAGAAGCACCUUUAAGAUAAAGUUCCUGUGUUGGUAAAUGCUCUGAAAGGCUUUACCUAGGUCCCAUUUCGAAACAACCUAGUUUACAAUGUCUCAGAGGAAAUCAACUCCAAGCCAGAGGAUUCCAUCUUCUCAGAGGACUCCAUCUUCUCAAAGGAAUGCAUCUUCUCAGAGAUCUCAGUCACAGCGAGCUAACUCAUCUCAGGCUGUAGAGGAACCAGUUGAUGUUGACAGAUUGGUUGCUGAAGUUAUACAAUAUUUUUUGGUUAUGGAGCAGAAGAAAUUUCCAAUUAAGAGGGCAGAAAUAAUAAAGCUUCUCAAUGGAAUUACCUCAAAGAAUUUCAAAAUUGUUAUUUCCCAUGCGCAGAAAUACCUAUUGGAUGUUUUUGGCUUCUACCUUCAUGAAUUUGAUGAAAAAAGUGGACACUAUAUUCUCAUAAAUAAAGUUAUUAUGCCAAAGAACUUGUCUCAUCAGGAUUUGUCUGAAAGCAACACUGUUUUGUUUCUGACAUUAUCAGCAAUUUUCUUAUCAGAGGGACAAAUUAUGGAAGAUGAAAUUUGGAACAUGCUUAGUAUUCUUGGAUACAAAACAGAAGACUACAAGAAGCUUGUUACCAAUGAUUUUGUUCGCCAGUUAUAUAUCAAUAUUGAGGCUGUACCGCAAUCGGAUCCGCCUAAGCUUACCUUAAAAUGGGGCGAACGGGCAGAGGUUGAAUUUUCUAAAAUAGAAAUUCUCAAAUUUGCUGCUCGGAUUUACGGACAAUCUCCUGAAGAAUUCGGAACUUUAUGGAAUGUGGCUGUCAGAGAAGAGAAGGAAAGGGAUUGAUCAACUCUUUUAAAAAUUCGCAUUCUUUUGUUUUUUAAAUACUUCCAAGAAUUCCACAAAUGUAUAAUCACUUUCGUAUGUAUAAAUGAUCAAAUGUGCGCUAA